AUCCGCGGAGUAAAAUAGUUCCCUCAUUAAACGCGUCCCUUGACCCGGAUGGACCCGGACCCGCAGCCGUAGUUCUGCUGCUCUGUCAGAAACACAGAUGUUGAUGUUUGUCAGCUGCUUAGAAACUGAGCGACGACGCGCAUCAGGUUGUUACGUAGAAGACAAGUGGCGGGAAGAUUGUGACGUAAGCGGAAAGAAAAGAAGUCGGAGGAGAUAAAUGCGUGAAGUGCGGCUCGAUGCGGUGAGUCAGCCUGAGAAAGCAGAGCAGAGAACAUCAGCUCACAGACAAUAAUAACCCUGGUUUACUGAUCCGGACGGGUUUCGGUUCUGACUCUGAGGUUCUGCUGCACCAACUUUACUCUGAAGACUCCACUUUAUCUGCGGGAACUUCUGGAUUUCACGUCAGCGGCAGCUGUGAUGGCGCCGAUGUUAGCCACGCCCAGCACAGACUACGACUACGACACCAUCCAGCCGUGCUUCUUCCUGAGUGGGGAGGAGGAGGACUUCUACCCUCCUCCACACAGCCAGCUCCUCCCUGGUCCAGGUGAGGACAUCUGGAAGAAGUUUGAGCUCCUCCCAACUCCUCCCUUGUCGCCCAGCCGGACUCCUCCUCAGUCGGACCAUUCGCUGUCCGCCGCAGACCACCUGGAGGCGGUGUCAGAACUGCUGGAUGAAGACUCCAACCCCUCAGCGGCGUUCCUUCAGUCCUUCAUCAUCCAGGACUGCAUGUGGAGCAGCAGCUUCGGAGCAGCCACCAAGCUGGAGAAGGUGGUGUCAGAGAGGCUGGCGUCUCUCCGGGCCCGCAGGGACUCGUCUGACACCUGCAGCCUCACAGGUGGAGGUUCUGAUCCACAGGUGGGCCGGUGCCAGGUGAACGCAGAGUACCUGCAGGACCUCCAGGCUGCAGCAUCAGAGUGCAUUGAUCCCUCUGUGGUGUUCAUGUACUCGCCAGCGAGCGAGAAGCAGAGCGAGGAAGACGGAGCGACGAUGGAGGCGGGGUCAGAGUUGAGUCUGGAGACGCCGCCGCUCAGCAGCAGCGACAGCGAAUCAGAAGAAGAAGAGGAGGAUGGUGAGGAAGAAGAGAUUGACGUGGUGACGGUGGACAGACAGAGGACAUCUCGGAGGUCUGAUGCCUUACCUCUGGUCCUUAAGCGCUCCCACAUCAACAUCCAGCAGCACAACUACGCCGCCCCACAGCCUGCUGAGAAGCGGCUGAAGGUGGCGGAGAGCCCGGCGACAGCGAAGCAGAGCGGCGGCCGGCGGUGCUGGAGCCCGCGGUCCGACGGAGAGGACGAGGACAGGCGCCGGACUCACAACGUGUUGGAGCGGCAGCGACGGAACGAGCUGAGGAUCAGCUUCCUGGCUCUGAGGGACCAGAUCCCGGCGGUGGCCAACAACGACAAGGCGGCGAAGGUGGUGAUCCUGAAGAGGGCGACAGAGUUCAUCAGGGAGGUCGGAGAGGACGAGAGGAGGCUGCUGAGGAAGAAGGACGAGCUGACGAAGAGGAGCAGAGAGCUGAAGCGGCGACUGGAGCAGCUCCGGACUUUACAUUAACGGCAGUUUUUCUGCUGUUUUAGUUAGUUUUCAUGUUGGAAACUGAGGUGUAGUUUAUAACCCGUGGGUCAUAAUGACUAAACAUGUUCUGCAGAACAGUACCAGAUCAUAUCUGAGCGACCGGCGGCGGGCGGCUGGUCUGUAAUCUUAUUUAUUUCCUGUUUAGAGGUUAAUUUAUCAUCGCUGUGUUCUUCUGAUUCUGUCCCGAAACAUUUUAUUUUUAUAUUUUCCUUCACACAAUCAAACAAAAUAAAACCCCUGUUUGGAUCAGA